UUGUUUCGGUUUGGCGGUAGGAGGCCCGGACUGGCCUGCUCGGCUCUCGGCGACCUCUGUCUCCUUUUCGGUGAGCUGGGAGAGCAGAUUUCUCUUCGCUUGUACUGUAAAAGGGGAAAAGAGACCCAUUCAGGAGAAUGAGUGAACUGGAACAAUUACGGCAGGAGGCAGAACAGCUCCGGAAUCAAAUUAGAGAUGCAAGAAAAGCAUGUAGUGACACAACGCUUGCUCAGAUCACCACAAGUCUUGACUCGGUGGGUCGAAUCCAGAUGCGUACAAGGAGGACCUUGAGAGGUCAUUUAGCCAAAAUUUAUGCUAUGCAUUGGGGAUCUGAUUCAAGGCUACUAGUGAGCGCUUCCCAAGAUGGAAAAUUAAUUAUUUGGGAUAGUUAUACAACAAACAAGAUGCAUGCUAUUCCGUUGCGGUCUUCCUGGGUAAUGACCUGUGCAUAUGCACCAUCUGGCAAUUAUGUCGCUUGUGGUGGAUUGGACAACAUCUGCUCUAUCUACAAUCUGAAGACAAGGGAGGGCAACGUACGAGUGAGCAGAGAACUACCGGGCCAUACUGGGUACUUGUCCUGUUGUCGCUUUCUGGAUGACAACCAAAUAGUUACGAGCUCUGGAGACACUACCUGUGCUCUGUGGGAUAUUGAGACAGGCCAACAGACUACUGCGUUUACUGGACAUACUGGAGAUGUCAUGAGUCUCUCUCUAAGCCCAGACAUGAGCACUUUUGUUUCGGGUGCCUGUGACGCCUCCUCCAAGCUCUGGGAUAUCCGAGACGGGAUGUGCAGGCAGUCGUUCAUGGGACACGUGUCAGACAUCAAUGCGGUUUGUUUCUUCCCAAGUGGCCAUGCCUUUGCCACUGGUUCAGAUGAUGCUACCUGUCGACUCUUUGAUCUUCGUGCAGACCAGGAGCUCAUGAUGUAUUCUCACGACAACAUCAUAUGCGGGAUCACUUCUGUAGCUUUCUCAAAGAGCGGACGUCUCUUUUUGGCGGGGUAUGAUGAUUUCAACUGCAACGUUUGGGAUACCUUGAAGGGAGAACGUGCAGGUGUUCUUGCUGGUCAUGACAACCGAGUCAGCUGCUUAGGAGUGACUGAUGAUGGCAUGGCAGUAGCUACAGGAUCUUGGGACAGUUUUCUCAGAAUCUGGAAUUAACGUGGCAUCUGAAACAUACCCCAAUAGACACGCACACCUUCUCCAUUGAGAUCUGGAGAGAGCAAUGCUGCAGCCUCUUGCUGUGAAAUAACAUUUCUACUUUGUAUUUACAGGUGAAGUUUUUCUACUUGCUGAUUAUUGCAUAAGUAGGCUUUCUGUAAAUGAAGUUAAAACAAACAAACAGAAUGAAGAAGUGGUGGGUGGGAGAAAUCAGUGACUUUCUUUCAAGGAAAAAGGUAGGGGGCGGCACACCUGUUCAUGGUGAGUGAAGCUAAAAGAGCUGGUCUGUUAGCAUUUGAUUUGACUACAUUGCCCUGAAGGGUUUUCUGCUUGUGCCCCAGUCCUGCUAAUUCUGUACUUUUUUGUACAUAAUUGAAUAUACACAUAGCAGCCAAUCAUGUAACAUUUUGUCUGUAAGUAAAGGAACAAUGUUUGCGUUUUUUUAAAGAAACUGCAUUUAUAUAGCUCUACGUUUAACCUAAGAUGUAUCUUCUGAGUUCUACAAUGGAUCAGCUAAUCUGCUGUUAAAAUUUUUCCCCUCCUUUCUUCGUGAAUUUACUGUAGAUAAAGUGUGAAGUUAAUGAGCUGUUUGUGAAAUUUUAUAACAGAAGGUGUUUGAGUGUCUGUAUAAAACAAAACAAACAAAAAAAAGGAAAUGCCCUGAUGACUCCUGUGACAUUUAGCCCCUUUCUUGUUCAGUGACUUUUUCUCCCCUUCGUGCCAGCAGAUCCCAGAUAAUCCAUUAGAAGCCAAGGGGCUCUGAUAACCACAGAGUUAAAUAGAUGAUCAGAUGCAUCCUUCAAACAUAGGAACUGAAAUGUUUAGAUAUUUAGAUUUUGAGCUUCCUUCUAAAGGCCUCUAAUGAGAUUAGGGUCAGUAAAUUGAAAUAUAGGUAAAUGCUUGAGACAGUGUUUGAUGGAUGUAUUUUUGUGGGGACUGAAUAAUUGUAAAUGAGAUAUUUCUCAUCUCCUGUAAACUCAUUGUCUAUUUUGACUAGCUUAAGACUGAAUUUAAGGCUGCUUCCAAUUUCUAGCAAAGGUACCUGAACCUUCAUUGAACCGUAUCACUCCAAAUGUAUGUGGGGCAUAGUCUGAGUGCAUCCACACAUUAUAAUUCUCCUGCUUUACAUAUUCCAGGUAGAAAAAUUUUCUCUCAUGAAUCUUGCAUAUGCAGAGAAGUGUUAAAAUAGGACAUCACUGCAUUCGUAUUGCCUCUUUAAGACUCUAGCACAUGCCACAUCAUUUUUUAAUGAGCUGUUUGAAACUUCAAUUACAGCAGUCACCCACUACAAGAAGUGCAGAAAAUUCAUUUUAAUAGCUGCUGUGCCAAGCUAUGGAGUGGGUUUACCCAGACAUUCCAGAAAACUGAGCUGCCUUUUUAAGUUUUUGUGUUUGUAAGUCUUGGGGAAACAUUAAUAAAUGAAGUUGCCUUCCCCAGUCUUCCUCUUCUCUUAAAAUAGAUCCCAUUUUGUAAAGACUUCCCAUGACUUGCCAUGGCUUCAGUCUUUUAUGGGGCAUCAAGUAUUGUAGGAUCACAGUAAAUGAACCACUUCCUCUUGAUUUUGGUCUCUUUAAAUUUUUGAGUGAAGGUCACCUAAUAAUAGGCCAUAAGAAUUGUAUGAAUAUGCUAAGGGAUAAUAUUAAUAUGAAAAUGUGCUUUAAAAAAUCCCUGAAAUUAGUUUUGUUGCUGUCUGUACUUGUAGCAGAUAUGAAGUGGAUCUGAUUCUUACGGAAGUAUUUAGGGAUUGGCCUCAAAUGUAGGUUCAGCCCUGUGUUGUCCCAUUUCACAGUAGAGGAAAGAUCCAGUGUUAUAUGUCCCCCUAAAAUCUCCUCUGUCUGGACAUAGGUUAGUAGUUCUUAGCAUAUUAAAACAUAUUUUGAUGCAGUGCCAAUUCUUUUGUCAACUUUGACCAAUUUUUUAUCCUGCAUUCCAGCCUUUCUUACUGGUGGCAAAAGUACCAAAGCACGUGCCAAGCAUAUUGGAUGUAGGAGCUCUAACAGGCCAUGAAUUCUCUGUUGACAUACUGAGAGAGGUAUUCUUGCAGAAAAGAGAGAGAGAGAGAGAGAAAGAGAGAGAAAAAAGAUCCUGUUACAUAUGUUAGGAUACAAACAUGCAAUGUUUACUACCUUUCAUACGGUUCAUUCUUUUUACAUCUGAUACUGAUGUAAUUUCAUCCUGAAAGAGUUAUUAAUUUUUCUACAGCUCUUCACUAUACAACUUACCUCACCUUUGGUCCACUAUUUGUCUCCUUUGUGUUCUUUUGUAAGGGCCUUAAGAUUGCCUUGCAUGAGUAAGACAAAUUUGCCCUUUUAGGGGAAAAAUGUCCAACACAAAAAAAUACAGAGGAGUGAAUUGUUCAGUCUGUUGAAGAAGCUGGAAGCCAUUACACAGUCUUUAAGUGUUAUUUUAGUGGAGUGUUUCUCAACCUUGGGACCUUUAAGAUGUGUGGACUUCAACUCCCAGAAUUCUCCAGCCAGCCAUGAGAGUUGAAGUCCACACAUCUUAAAGGUCCCAAGAUUGAGAAACACUGUUUUAGUGUAUCGGUUAUCCUACUUCAUCAGUAAUCAUUCAUUUUGGGAAUGAUUCCCCCAGGAAUCAGAGUAGCUAGCAUAAACAUGAGGCUGGAUGUGUAGUGUAGUCCUCAGUAUAAAUUGUAAGAAUUAACUGAUCUCCCAAUAUGAUUUGCCAACGUAUGUCUGCUUGGAAUGCAUAAAAUGAAAUGGGUUUUGAAUGGAUGUCCUGCAACAGAGAUGGGCAACCUUUUGGGAGCCGGGGUUGCAGUUCUCUUCCUGCCCUACCUGGGGCCUGCAGGGUGUUGUGUCCCUGGAGGAGACAGGGCUCAAAUGUCAUGUUUUUGCCAGGAGGAGUUAAGGAAGAAAAGUACAAAGCCUAAAGGUAUUUAGUUUCCUCCUUAACUCCCCUUCUAAAUGGGGAAAUUCAACCUGAUCAUUUGUUUGUUUUUUAAGUGCUGCUGUGGGUGCUUGAAGCCUCCGCAGAGUUAAGGCCCUGUUUUGCCCCUUACCCCAAACUGUUCUGAAAUCUUUGGUUCUGCCUGUCCUGGAGUCUGUAGGUUACCCAUUCCUGUCCUGUAGUAAAGACCCUUGACGGUUUAGAUUCUCGCUGUUUUCCCUUCUCCAUUUGCCUGCCUCCCACGAGAGCUUUGUACCUUGUGCUGAUUGUGCUUUGUGACUAAGUAACCCAGUAUGGCUUAUGCAUCAGAGUAAAUGGCAAUAGUAUUUCCAGUAGAAGGAACAAUACCUGGAAUUGAUAAUGCCCCCAAAGAUGAAUUGUACAAUUCACUCAAGAACCAGUGUCUCAGACAUCCCACUGAUGAUUCAGAAAGUGCCGUGGGCUUUAUCGUAGAGUGAGCCAAGCCAGGUCACCUAGUGCCUCCCACUGCAAUAGGGCUCAUUAUGCGACCAGUCUGUAUAUAACCAGUUCCCCCUGUAGGUAGAUUCUUAAGUCCUGCAUGUAUAAUGGAGCUGUUCGGUAUUCUCCCUAACUUUUCUUCCCUCCUCCUGCCCCCAUUCUUACUGCAGCUCCUCUUGACUCCCGGAAAAUGGUCCCUUGAACGUGAUUUUUUGGAGAGGGAGUGGGGCUCCUGAGUAGCAUUCGCUGUAGCUGGAAGGGAAAAUCACUGGCCCUCCCUGUGGGGAUGCAACCAUCUCACACAGAUGCAGGACUUGUUCAGGAUCCUGGCUGUUAUGUAGAAAUGCUAGGUGACGGUUUCUAACCUUGGAAAUAAUGGACUUGCGCCCCCCUCCCCUUCUAAUUAGGCACUUGUGCUACUCAAGACUUCUUCCAUACUAGAGGCACUGCAAGUCUUACUUUUCUUUUUCCUUUGUUUCUUUUAGUGAAAUAAAGAUUGUGUAAAAUACAUGCAAGACUGUUAAAUGCUUAGUGGUGUUCUGGUGAGUCUGUUCACAGUGUUACUAAAUGAUUAAUAAAUAAGAUUUUUUGAGAAACGUGCCUGACUUUCUUUGUGCCACACAAGGUUUGAUUUUGAAUAAUAUGGGCUUCUUAGAUAUUUCAGGCCUUUAUUUUUACUACACAAUGGUGCUCUCUUUGUUUCCUUCUUGCUGCAGCACAUCUCUGUGUCAAUCCUUGCAUCCUCCUCCAAAGGAGUUGCGUCUAACCUGUUUUCAUAAAUGGACAGUCUUGUGCUUUUGCUCCUACAAUUUAUUCCAGGAAGUGUGUGGUAGGGUUAUUUCUAACCUUCACUUGUUACCAUCUUCUCUUGAAGAAAACCUUCCAAAAUGUUUCCAGGUACCAAGUGAUUCUGCACUGCCUCUUGGAUUGUGUAUUCAGAACAUCUUAAAUCCUUUUAUUUAACCUAAUUAAUUAAACAAAAACACAGGGAUUUGUGCCAUUUUUUUCCUUAGUGCUAUUGUAUAAAGACUUCCCUGUCGGGGGGAGGGGGGAUGGACACUUGCUAUGAAUUGUUUAUAGUUCUUCCCCUAAUGAAUCUUUCCUUUGUAAUUGUACAGUGUCUCAGUGAAAAAUGUUGCCUGACUUGACAUUGUAACCAAUAAACAAGUGCUUUUAACUA